AUGAGUGAGCCGACCGCUGAGGCAUGCAACACUCGCCCUUGCCAGACCGGAUACGGCGGGUGGCUUGAUAUUCUGGCAUUCAUAGUGGCGCUCAUCAGCAUUGCUGUCUCAGUCUAUGCCAACUCUCGGGGUCUAUGCCACUGGCAUCAACUCUCGCUGCUUCUCGCUCCGGCCUGGCUCUCAAGACGAGGAAUCUGCUCAAACCAGGCAGAGCCCAGGUGGAGGCGGGGUGAGGCUCAUCCAACUUCAGGAAGGUGGGUGGGUCUUCGACUUCCUCUCACUCGCCUGGCUCUCAAGACAAGGAAUUUGCUGAGCAUCAAGAACAGCAGCAUCAAGAACAAAAGCAUCAAGAACAGCAGCAUCAAGAACAAGAGCAUCAAGAACAAGAGCAUAGAAAACAGCAGCAUCAAGAACAAGAGCAUCAAGAACAGCAGCAUCAACAACAAGAGCAUCAAGAACAACAGCAUCAAGAACAAGAGCAUCACGAACAGCAGCAUCAAGAACAAGAGCAUCAAGAACAGCAGCAUCAAGAACAGCAGCAUCAAGAACAAGAGCAUCAAGAACAAGAGCAUCAAGAACAAGAGCAUCAAGAACAAGAGCAUCAAGAACAAGAGCAUCAAGAACAAGAGCAUCAAGAACAAGAGUAUCAAGAACAGCAGCAUCAAGAACAAGAGCAUUAGAGUCAAGAGCAUCAAGAACAAGAGCAUCAAGAACAAGAGCAUAAAAAACAAGAGCAUCAAGAACAGCAGCAUCAAGAACAGCAGCAUCAAGAACAGCAGCGUCAAGAACAAGAACAUCAAGAACAACAGCAUCAAGAACAAGAGCAUCAAGAACAAGAGCAUCAAGAACAGCAGCAUGAAGAACAACAGCAUGAAGAACAAGAGCAUCAAGAACAAGAGCAUCAAGAACAAGAGCAUCAAGAACAAGAGCAUCAAGAACAAGAGCAUCAAGAACAAGAGUAUCCAGAACAGCAGCAUCAAGAACAAGAGCAUCAGGAACAGGAGCAUCAAGAACAGCAGCAUCAAGAACAGCAGCAUCAAGAACAGCAGCAUGAAGAACAACAGCAUGAAGAACAAGAGCAUCAAGAACAAGAGCAUCAAGAACAGCAGCAUCAAGAACAAGAGCAUCAAGAACAAGAGCAUAAAAACAAGAGCAUCAAGAAAAGCAGCAUCAAGAACAAGAGCAUCAAGAACAAGAGCAUCAAGAACAAGAGCAUCAAGAACAAGAGCAUCAAGAACAGCAGCAUCAAGAACAAGAUAG